AAACAUCGAAGCAUUCAGUUUUAGUCUCUUUGUUCUCUCAGAUCAACACUUUUGUAUGUUUAUGUAGCAAAUAUGUCAUAGAGAUUUGAAGAUUGAGAAAACACUGCUUGAUGGUAGUCUUGCACCGCUUUUGAAAAUCUGUGAUUACUUGGCUUUGAUCUCAUAGGUCAUUCAUUCAUUAGUCUCUUUUUCUUCUUUUGUUUCAGUUUUGGUUCCCAUUAUUACUUGGCUUUGAUCUCAUAAGUUUUUUUUUUAAGGAAACCCAUUUAAGGAUUCUACCUUUGGAGAAGAGAAUUUAUAAAAACUUGACAAAAACUCUAACCUUCAAAAUUAUUAAUAUUUGUUAUUAAGAAAUUUAAAGGAUUCCUUAUAAAAAACCCACCAAUGGAUUUGCUUUAAGAUCCAUUAAGAUACUUAUUGGAACCUGGAACCAAAUCAAAACUCUUUUUUUUUUUUUUGGUUCGGUUCGGUUCAGUUCCAGUUUUAUGGCAAAACCUAAGUUUAGGGGUAAAUUGGAAAAUAUUCAAAAGUUUUAGCCAAAUAUCAAAGUUUUUACUAAUUAUCAAAAGACACACUCGAGAAAUUCAUAAAUGGGCUAACUUUUAUCAGAGAGCCCACUAAACAAUCGGCCCGUUAGCCAAGAAAAUCGUCACCGGCGUCUUCCAUUCCAACAUUUCUCCGUCAUCGUCUCUCUCUCUCUUUUUUUUUUGUGUGUGCAAAACGUCUCUCUCUCUGUCUCAUAAAAUCUCAGAGAAGAAACAUCGUCGGGUCAGGUCGAAGAAAGGAGAGAAAUGAGUGGUCACGAUUCGAAAUACUUCUCCACGACGAAGAAGGGAGAGAUCCCUGAGCUCAAGGAAGAGCUUAAUUCCCAGUAUAAGGAUAAGAGAAAAGAUGCAGUUAAGAAGGUUAUUGCGGCGAUGACUGUUGGAAAGGAUGUUUCAUCACUUUUCACUGAUGUAGUCAAUUGUAUGCAAACGGAAAAUUUGGAGUUGAAGAAGCUUGUUUACUUGUAUCUCAUAAAUUAUGCGAAAAGCCAGCCAGAUCUUGCUAUUCUUGCAGUAAAUACCUUUGUAAAGGAUUCACAGGAUCCAAAUCCGCUGAUUCGUGCUUUGGCUGUGCGGACAAUGGGCUGCAUUCGUGUUGAUAAAAUCACAGAAUAUCUAUGUGAUCCUCUUCAAAAGUGCCUAAAGGAUGAUGACCCAUAUGUCAGGAAGACUGCGGCUAUUUGCGUCGCUAAGCUUUUCGACAUAAAUGCUGAAUUAGUUGAGGACAGAGGUUUCCUUGAAGCCUUGAAGGAUUUGAUAUCAGAUAACAAUCCAAUGGUUGUUGCCAAUGCUGUAGCAGCCCUUGCGGAGAUUCAAGAGAACAGUAGUAGCCCCAUCUUUGAGAUCAAUAGUACCACUCUUACAAAGCUCCUUACUGCUCUAAAUGAAUGCACUGAGUGGGGUCAAGUUUUUAUACUAGAUGCUUUAUCGAAGUAUAAAGCAGCUGAUCCCCGUGAGGCUGAAAAUAUUGUUGAGAGAGUAACACCAAGGUUGCAACAUGCCAACUGCGCUGUUGUUCUUUCAGCUGUUAAGAUGAUCCUUCAACAAAUGGAACUUAUUACUAGUACAGACGUGAUUAGAAAUCUUUGUAAGAAGAUGGCUCCACCCCUUGUUACAUUGCUUUCUGCCGAACCUGAGAUACAAUAUGUUGCACUUCGUAACAUUAAUCUUAUUGUGCAAAAACGACCCACUAUCCUUGCCCAUGAAAUUAAGGUUUUCUUCUGCAAGUAUAACGACCCAAUUUAUGUUAAGAUGGAGAAGUUGGAGAUUAUGAUUAAACUUGCCUCUGACAGAAACAUAGACCAGGUUCUUCUGGAAUUCAAAGAGUAUGCCACAGAAGUAGACGUUGAUUUUGUUAGAAAGGCUGUUCGUGCGAUAGGCCGAUGUGCUAUCAAACUAGAGAGAGCAGCUGAACGGUGCAUCAGUGUUUUGCUCGAGUUGAUCAAGAUUAAAGUGAAUUAUGUUGUCCAGGAGGCCAUUAUUGUCAUCAAAGAUAUCUUCAGAAGAUAUCCAAACACGUAUGAGUCCAUAAUUGCAACACUCUGUGAGAGUUUAGACACUUUGGAUGAACCAGAAGCUAAGGCAUCUAUGAUAUGGAUCAUUGGUGAAUAUGCUGAAAGAAUUGACAAUGCCGAUGAGCUUCUUGAAAGCUUUCUGGAGAAUUUUCCUGAGGAACCAGCACAGGUCCAGUUGCAGCUCCUAACUGCUACUGUUAAGCUAUUCCUGAAGAAGCCAACUGAAGGCCCUCAACAAAUGAUUCAGGUUGUCUUGAAUAAUGCUACUGUGGAGACGGAUAAUCCUGAUCUCAGAGAUCGUGCAUACAUAUACUGGCGUCUUCUAUCCACUGAUCCUGAGGCUGCCAAGGAUGUUGUCUUAGCUGAAAAGCCCGUGAUUUCUGACGACUCAAACCAGCUAGACCCAUCACUUCUUGAUGAGCUUCUUACAAAUAUUUCGACCUUGUCCUCUGUGUACCACAAACCCCCAGAGGCUUUUGUUACCCGCUUGAAAACGACAGUUCAGAAAACAGAAGACGAGGACUUUGCGGAAGGAAGCGAAGCAGGAUACUCAUCUAGUAAUCCGGUUGAUAGUGCAGCUUCUCCUCCAGGUAAUAUCCCACAGCCUUCCGGAAGACAACCAGCACCAGCGGUCCCAGCUCCUGUACCUGAUCUGCUAGGUGACCUGAUGGGAUUGGAUAAUGCCGCUAUUGUCCCGGUUGAUGAUCCCAUAACUCAAUCUGGUCCUCCUCUGCCCGUUGUCGUCCCAGCUUCAAGUGGUCAAGGUCUGCAGAUAAGCGCUCAAUUAUCCCGAAAAGAUGGACAAGUAUUUUACAGUAUGCUCUUCGAGAACAACUCGCAGUCGGUUCUUGAUGGUUUCAUGAUUCAGUUCAACAAAAACACAUUCGGCCUUGCAGCUGCUGGAUCUCUUCAGAUUCCGCCUUUGCAUCCCGCAACAUCCGCCAGGACAAUGCUACCUAUGGUCUUGUUCCAAAACAUGUCUGCUGGGCCUCCAAGCUCGCUCUUACAAGUCGCUGUCAAAAACAACCAGCAGCCCGUGUGGUACUUCACCGAUAAGAUUAUACUUCAUGCUCUUUUCGGUGAAGACGGUAGAAUGGAACGUGGAACCUUCCUUGAGACAUGGAGGUCGUUACCGGACUCAAAUGAAGUCCUGAAAGAAUUCCCCGGGAUCACCAUCACGAGCGUCGAAUCAACUAUCGAAUUGCUCACAGCAUUCAACAUGUUCUUUAUAGCAAAGCGCAAGAACGGGAACCAAGACGUGAUCUACUUAUCAGCCAAAGAUCCACGAGAUGUACCGUUUUUGAUCGAGCUCACUGCAAUGGUGGGCCAACCAGGUCUCAAAUGCGCAGUGAAAACUCCCACUCCCGAGAUUGCGCCUCUCUUCUUCGAAGCUUUGGAGCUUCUCUUCAAGGCUUGAUGAUUAACGUUGUUAUCAAAAGGCUAAUAAGACCAAGACCUGAAAGGUUUCAGAGAUUCUUUCUUGUUUCGUUAUAUCCCACCUUUUUUCUUCUUCUGAGUUUAGUGUAUGUAAUAAAUCCCAUGUUUGUGUUACUUCCGGUUGCACCCUUUUAGUUUGGUAUUUGUAAUGCUCACUAUUUUCUUAUAAUUCUUGUAUCGGAACCACAUUUUUUUUCUUUCGAUAUUUAAUCCGGGAAAUGCUGGUUUCUGAACUAAUAAGGAAGAUCAAACACCAUCAAAGGACCAGAUCACCAUGGAAAAUCAGUGAUCUAGCUACAUUGGAGCCGUUGAUGAUGCUAGUGAUGGACAAUGCCAAAACUUUCAAACAUUUCUUUUAGGUGAUAGGUACACUUGGGGCUAGAGACCAAAGACGGUUAUUCUUGUAUUUUAAAAUCAGAAUUGCUAUCAGAAGCAUGUGUUUUGUCAUGCAGUGUGCAAUUUGGAGUUUCUUUCAGGAUAUGCUAGCCACACUAAGUUUGCAUCA